GGCAUUCGUCACUCACAGCUCCGAAUUUUUCUCGAACGUCUUCAUCAUCAUCGCAUCCACCUGAGCUACACUAUCGCCUUCGCAUAAACCUUGCAUCCUCUGCUUCAUUCCAUAUUUCAUACCACACAAUGUUGCAAAGAACCAUCCUCCGCGCCUCAAGACAGCAGGCUGCCCGCUCAAUACGGCCUUUUGCGCCACUACGUCAACAAUCACCCAUCACACGAGCAGUAGCGACGCCCGCUAUUCGGUGGUACUCAGAUGCUGCACCAGCAAAGGAGGGCGAGGCUGCCGAGAAGAAGGAGGAUGCGCCCACAGAGAACAAUGAGGCAACACAAUUGAAGGAGCAGCUAGAGAAGAAGGACAAGGAAAUCGUCGACUUGAAGGACAAGUACCUCCGCUCAGUCGCCGACUUCCGCAACCUCCAAGAGCGCACCCAGCGUGAAAUCAAGGCCGCAAAAGACUUCGCCAUUCAGCGCUUCGCCCGUGACCUCGUAGAAUCCGUCGACAACCUCGACCGCGCCCUUGGCACUGUGCCAGAAGAGAAGCUCAAGUCGGAUAACACCGACCUCAUCGCCCUGCACGACGGCAUCAAGAUGACCGACACCAUCCUCAUUAACACGCUGAAGAAGCACGGCUUGGAGCGAUUCGACCCCAGCGAGGCGGCCGAGAAGUUCGACCCCAACAUUCACGAGGCUGUCUUCCAGGCGCCGCAACCUGACAAGGAGGACGGAACUUGCUUCCACACACAGCAGAAGGGCUUCAAGCUCAACGGACGGACACUGCGACCGGCCAAGGUUGGCGUGGUAAAGAACGCUUAAACCCGACAUCAUUAGAAGCAACAUGAGCUUCAUCCUACGCGAACCAGGACCUCUGUCGCUGCCGCCACGAUCUUCUUCGCAUGUGUAUGACUAUUCCGGUUCGGCUCCAUUGUAUGGUUGGCUGCUUUGAUCUGGCACGGUACAUUGGGGGCAUGGCGUUUUCGUGUCAAUUCACGAGGUACACUUUUGUACAUAUAUUCCCCUCUCAGACGCAUCUUGUAAAAGUUGAAGCAAGCAUGAUGACGAAAUGGCUUUGCGUAUAUUGUAAUAUUAGAUAUGACGAACCAUGAGCAAAAGAAAGCAGCUCAAAGAGCUAGCAAAGAUAUCAAUGCC